UUGUAUGAUUCCCUCUCUCAAUCAUACUCCCACGUGAGAUUUAGCCCCCAAUCUCAACAAACCCCAAGAGGCAAACUAAGAAAUCGCUUUGAGACUAAUUCUCUCACAUGCCCAUCAAAGGAAUGAGAAAUAUCUUCUCCAAAUCUUCAUCUCCUUCUCCCUCUUCACCUCUAUCGUCAAUAUCCAUCCCGCCUUCCUCCCCUCUUCCGGCAUUCUCACUCUCUUUGAUGGAAGAGAACAUUGAGAUCGCUCGUUCCCUCAUCACCAAAUGGGACUCCAACCAAUCUCCCUAUGCCGAAAUCACCCCUCUUUUCUCCGGCGACCGCCAAGAAGCCAAACACUACCUGACCGCCGUCAAGGGCUUGCAAUCCGCCAUGCGCUAUUUCGUCACGCUGGAUUCCAACUCCCCCAGCCUCGUUCAGGCUCAACUCUUGAUGCAAGCUGCGUCCAAGAGGCUCAAGAAGGAGUUCUAUCAGAUAUUGUCCUCCAACAGAGAUCAUUUGGAUCCCGAGUCCGUUUCCAGUCGCUCCUCCACCGAUCAGAGAACCAGUGUUUCCGAUUGCGACGAUGAUUUCUCAGAGGAUGAGUGCCGUUCUGUCACUGAUAAUUCCAUUUCCGAGACGGAGAGAGUUUCUAUGGUUGCCAUGGAGGAUUUGAAAGCCAUUGCGGAAUGCAUGAUUUCAGCUGGUUAUGGAAAAGAGUGCGUCAAGAUUUACACCCUCAUGAGAAAAUCGAUCGUCGACGAGGCUAUGUACCAUCUCGGAGUGGAGAGGCUGACCUUCUCUCAGGUCCAGAAAAUGGAUUGGGAGGUGAUCGAGUUGAAGAUUAAGUACUGGUUGAAAGCCAUCAAAGUCGCUGUCACAACUCUGUUUUAUGGAGAGAGAAUUCUCUGCGAUCACGUUUUCGCCUCUUCGGAGAGAAUCGUCCAGUCCUGUUUCGCUGAGAUUUGCAAAGAGGCUGCUAUGUCUUUGUUUGGAUUCCCUGAACUCGUGGCAAAAUGCAAGAAAACGCCGGAGAAAAUGUUUAGGAUUCUUGACGUGUACGAAGCAAUCUCCGAUAACUGGCCACAAAUUGAGUCCAUCUUCUCAUUCGAAUCAACCUCCUCCAUCCGAUUACAGGCUGUCAAUUCCAUGGUCAAGCUCGGUGAAGCAGUUCGUACAAUGCUUUCUGACUUCGAAUCCGCGAUUCAGAAGGACAACUCUAAGACGCCGGUGCCAGGUGGAGGAGUCCACCCGCUCACGCGCUACGUCAUGAACUACCUCUCAUUCCUCGUCGAUUACAACGGUAUCCUCGCCGACAUAGUCGCCGAUUGGCCACUAACGUUACAGUCUCGGUUGCCAGAGUCUUACUUCCCAAGUUCAGGCGACGAUAACGACCCGUCGUCGGAAAUAUCGGUGCGGUUGGCAUGGCUGAUACUCGUUGUCCUCUGUAAACUCGAUGGGAAAGCGGAGCUAUACAAGGACAUCGCACUUUCCUACCUCUUCCUCGCCAAUAACCUCCAGUACGUCGUCAGUAAGGUGCGAGCAUCUAAUCUGAGCUCCCUUCUCGGCGAGGAUUGGUUGACAAUGCACGAAUCAAAGGUGAAGGAGUAUGUAUCCAAGUACGAGCGUAUGGGCUGGAACAAGGUGUUAACGUCACUGCCAGAAAAACCAACGGCAGAGAUGGCAGCGGAGCAGGUGAAAGCGUGCUUCGGGAAUUUCAACGCCGAAUUCAGUGAGACAUGCAUGAAACAAUCGUCGUGGAUCGUAUCGGACGCCAAACUGCGAGAGGAGAUCAAAGCGUCGAUAUCGUCGAAGCUUUUACCGAGAUACGGAGAAUUCUAUGAGAAGCAUCGCGUCGGGUCGAGAAGAGUAUUAGGGUUGGACUCGGUUAUGAGAUUUUCACCCGAGGAUUUAGCUGGAUACCUAUCAGACAUUUUGUGUGGGACAGGAGACUCAUGCAGUGUGUCGUUUCGUCUUCUCAUCGCUCCAAUCGCUCUUGAAGUCGGAGCAAUCGCCGGCCAAAGAAAACGGCCGUAAAAAAAUAUGAUAGCAACAAUAUAUAUAUGGAUGAUAAAUUUAUACUGUAUAGGAUUUUAGGGCAGAGGCAGUGAUGAAUAGGAUCGUCUUCCCCCGCGAUGGUGCGAAUGGUAGAUUGAAAGUUGGGGGGCCAUAUUGUACACUGGUAAAUAACAGACCAAGGAAAUCAGUACUACCUCC